AUGGCAAGCGCAGGUGAAGACAGACUAGAAGGCGAGAAGACCACUGAAGGCGACGAGGGAGUCAAUGCAGGGACAGAGAGCGGGGAAGAGGCAGGGGAGAGGGCACACUCAACACAACCCCGGCAACCUCGGGAAGCAGACAACCGGUGGCAGGGGAGGCAGGCACCACCCCAACAGCAGCAUCCAAGGACCGCAUGGAAGCAACCGGCCGCGGAUGCACCUCCGCAACCACCGAAUGGAGAACACCCGAGGCAGGAACCCCUAGGCCCACAGAGCACACCAGUGGGUCAGACUUACCAGGGCCAGACCAAGCAGAGCCAGAGGGAGCACCCGCCGAAACCGUCGCAGGAACCACACCAGGCACCGGGUCAGAGCGAGCAGGCCCCGAGGAAGCCCCACUCUCAUCCAAGCAGGGGAAGUCACUCUCCAAAAAAACCGUGGGAGCUUCAGCACGAGGAGCGUCACAUCCGGCCGCCAUAUGGCCCUCAGCACCACACCGGAAACAGGUCCGGGACUGGCCCUGAUAAAAGACCCGAAGCGAGAGCCCACGAUACAAAUGCCUGGACGGAAUAG